AUGGGCGCUGGUUCCAGUACGGCAAGCGCUGGUGACGCCGGCGUGCCAUUGCCGACGUGUCCGCUCUUCUACAACUUUAUGCCUAAUGCGCAACUCAUUCCUGCAUCGACGCUGCCAACACGCGGUCCAGACGGGCUGCUGUGCCAUCCGCAAGGCGGGUGCAUGGCACGCGUCAUUCAGCUCCGCAGCUUGCCGGUUGUGUCGGAGGACUCGAAAAGAUGUGCAGCGCAAAUUAUUGCCGAUGCCAAGAGGAAGAAGAAGCGUGGCGGCGAUAGCACCGCAGACAGGGAGGAGGCGAAUGCCGUGGCCGCCGCGAAUGACCUCCUCAGGAAUCCCAGCCUUCACCCGUCUCUCAGCUCGUGCUUCCUUCUCAGCAUCGCAGUUGAUGAGCAAGGCCGACUCGUCCCGCUGUCGACAGACGAUGAGCAUGGAGUGAACGCCAUGGCCGGUGGUGGCGGCGAUGGUGCGCAGUUGGCCACCUCAAAGAUGUCCGAAAAACUGACGUCUCCACGCUCGAAAAUCGUGAAGAAAGGCUUUAGCUUUUCCGUCUUCAGCAGCACCGUCCGCACACCCCUGGCGCUAGGAGAGGGAGGCAGUUGUGAAGACUCUGUGGCUGGCACUCCGAGACCGUUGCGAGGCGGCAACAACGGAGCGGCGGCAACAAAGCUUGUCUCGGUGCUGUCGCCGGUCCAUGCCGCCGUAAACGCGGGAAGUCACCCAGCGGAAGAUGCACCGCUCCCUGAUCCACCAUCUCCGCACCGCAGCGAAGCGAUGCCAAGGUGGCGUAGCCCCACCAGCGACAGUGGCGGUGACGGCGCGCAGCUCGCUUCGUCAAAAAGGCCCAAAGGGCUGACCUCUAGCUUCGCUUCUCCACCGCCGUCUAGCGCUGGCUCAAGUAAUGCGGCGUGCGACACGACUAUAGAAGGAAAGCAUGGCACGCCACUAGUCACCAUCCCAAUGUGCUCCGUGCUUGCGAAGCAGAGUCAUUUCCGCAAGCCUGAAGAAGGCCAAGGCAGGGAAAGUACCUCGGUAGCAUCAGUCUUGCCGAACGUAGGUGCCACUGGCGGUGAUGGUGUUAUCCCGCCGCGCAUACGUCGGCAGCUUUCGCGCAUCACGCUCCUCCGCGUGCCACAACGGACGCGGUGGUUCUUGUUCAACGAUAGUAGGACCCACGAGGCGCAGGUUUCGGCGCUGUUGUGCUACCGGGCGGAGGAGAAGCCCACGAACCAGAAGAACCUCAUCCCUGGGGAGGAGACACCAAUGGACUCGUCUGGCAGGACCAUAACGGCAGCGACGCCGGUCCCUGGAGACUUGCGGAUUUGCUGCCGUCCGACUCCGCUUUCUCACACCUCCCUCUCUUCCAAGGAGAUGAAGUUGCAGCUGCAGAGCAUGUGUAGCAGCACUCGCAGCUACGUGGAGGUGCAGCCGAUGGCCGUGGAGGUAUUGACAGCUGCCAUUCCUGCCCCCAAGACACCCAUGGAGGAGGAAAAGCUUGCAGAAUUCAAGAAGCGAGCCUCUGGUGCGGCUGCUGUAGAAGUGUUCGUGGUGCUUGCGCCAGGGGCGACAGUGUACUUGGCGGAGGGUGAGGUUCUGGGCUACAAGAUCGACACGCAUCUCGUUCCAUUCGAUAAGUUAGCCAGCAUCGCGGUGCUGGGCCGCAUGCUCACACCAGAGCUGGUGCGCAACCUCAAGAAGAAGGGUGAAUCGGUGAAUGUAAAGGGGUACCGGCACAAGUUGAUGUUCUUGGAGAAACCAACAGAGACGACCGCCGGGGCCGCGUCUGCGCACGGAUCCAGUCUUGCCCCCUCUUGCCUCACAGGCAGUGCCAUGGCGCCACCGCCUACAGCUGCUGCUAGAGGAACACCAAAAGACGCCAAUUUCAUCCCACCUCUCUCGUCAGACACGCCGAACGUCGCGCCGCCCGACUUGGGGCGGUCCACUAUCUCUGUGGCCUCAGCGACAACUCUAACCAAUUCCGCUGGGCACGCUGCUGAUGCGACUAUGGCAGCAGCGAAAACGUCUGCUGCGCCAUACUGGAACCGUCUGUCACUUCAGCGCCGCUGCAAAACUGCGGAAAAGAGCGCCAAUGAUGAAAAUCACUCUGAGGGGGCCGGAAACCCCUCUAGCUACGACGCGCCGGCAGCGGCUGCCGCUGUUCUAGCGUGGCCUGCAGCAGAUACUACAGCCACACGUGCAGGCGAGAUGGGAAACGCAGCUGGGGUACUGGAGCUGCCAGUGCUGGGCAUCAAAAGCUUAAUAGACGACUUGGACAAGGACUGUUCUAUACCCCGCAGUCACGCCCCUUUGGAGGGUGUCCAGUUGUAUAGCACCAGCACCUCCUCCCUCCACAUCUCCUUCUAG